UAGUAAACAAUUAUCGUUAACUAGACAUGUGUUUUAUCACUGCUAAAAUAUUCUUAAUAUUUAAAUAUUAAAUUCAUUUAUUUGUAUACAUUUGCAGAAAUAUAAGGAAUUCAUACAUAUAGAUGCCUGUGUUUUUAUAAAAAAAAAAAGUGUGUUGAUACAAAGAAAGUCGUUUAAAUAAAUGAACUUGAGACUUGAAGAUAUUAUUUAAAGUAACAUUUAAACAAAUGGUUUGGAAUGUAUGGAAUGAUUGCCAGAGGCGCAAAUUCAGCUGGAAUUAACACACGUAACUAAGUACAAAGUGUGUGACUACCUUCCGAUCUAUUACGUACGGUACCGUGCAUCACCUGUAUACUCAUAUUGUGCAACACUUCAGGUUCCAACUUAUUCUUCCUUUGCGAUUUAUCGGAGACGUCUUCAAAGAUAUGGUCUCCAUUCUUAUUGUGUCCGUCAUUGACGAAAUUAUUGCUGCAAUCGCUUAUGCUGUAGAGAAGUUGGAGAUGGAAGCUGUUGUUGAAUCUCUCUUAGCAGCCGUUACUAUGGUUAUGGAAGUAGCGGUUCAUGUUAAUACUGAAGAAACUGAAGAUUCGACUGUGUCGGAUAACAUUACUACACAAACGACAGAGGCAGUGGAAGCCGCUCUACAGAAAGACCUAAAUCAAGCUGUGAAAGACGUAAUCGACAGUCAAGGUGUAAAAGACCUCUCAAAAGCGAUUACUGAGAUGCCCUCGGAUGUAGUGGUUGACAAACUGGCCAAAGCAGCACUCGAUGCAAUAGACCCUCAUUUACGGGUUUUCAAGGAUCCAGCUUUCAUCAGACUUACGAAGAUGAUAAGGGUUAUACGCGCCAUUGAGAAGGGUGAUAUUCCAGAAGACGAAGACGAUGAUGAUUGUGACGAAGAAAAAUGCAGAUUCUUUAAGGGUCCGAUAAUGAAAGAUGACAUGGAAGAUUUCGUCUUCUUCUCUGUGUUUGGAAAUAGUGAUUGCAAGGAAGGAGACGAAGUAUACUCGAUGUGCGCUCAGUGGAAGAAACUAAAGUCGUUGGUAGAUGAUCCAUUUGGAGGGCAUUACGUGAGCCAAUUGUUCCAAGAACUCUUUGAAAGCUGUGCAGAAGAUGAUGAUGCGGAGAAGUUUGAAUCUUCUCUCUCAACUCAGCCAGGGAAAAUGGUAAAGAAAAAGAUCGUGGAAGUGAAAUAUGGAAAGCUUGUAUACUUUGGUAAUAAAGUCGUCCACAAUGUUGCGAACUCAUCAAAUGACAAGCGGUCAACAAAUUGGCUAAAGACAUAUUUUGUUCAUGGAUACGGGGAAUGUGGCAAGUGCUACAUUGGAUCAGAGGACCCUGUGUGCGGACACAGUAAUCCUCUUGAAGGAAAUAUUGUGGGCGGUCACCUGUGGAAUGAUGAUCUCAAAAAGAAAGACAUGGGUUUAUACUACUAUAUCCUCCCCAUCUGCAAGAGGCACAACAAACGCAAUGUUUACGACGAACCUAAACCGGACGGGACUGGCUGGCUGAUGACGUUGCCAGAGUCUUAUGCUAUGAAAAUAACAUCGACCGAACUCGUACCUGGAUGGAAGGGCAUGGUUAGUCAAUUGAAAGGCUCCAUGUUGAUGGGGGCAUUUGGGGAAGAAAAUGUCAGAGAAUGUCCCGCUGUCAUUCAGCCGAAGCUAUUGACAAACUGGGUGCUAGAGAAAGUUCACAUAAUCGCGCUUGAAUUCUCGAAAAUUCCAGUUGAGACCGUCCUUAAGGAAGUUUCCCUCAAAGUAUUGGAAAAACUAAAGGACAUAAUAAAAUCUGCUGGUGAUGAUGCGAACGAAUGGGCACAACGUGAGGUCAAUGAUAUCAAGGAUUCGUUAAAUUCUUUUUGGGGAAUUGUACAAGCCACCAAGCGUCUAUAUAAACUGAAGGAGGACGCUAUCGAUAGGUUCCACAGUAACGCACAAUCGGCUCUGUCUAACUACAAGAACGAGUGCUUAGGCAGCAAUGAACAAGCUCACAGGAAGCAACGCCUUCUUGAUGAAACAAAUAAAGUUAUCUCCUCAAAAGAGUGGAAGGACCGUAUCGCUACUUUCGAGGAAACCAUCGCUUCGAAAGUGCUGUCAACGAUAUGAGUGUUUCGAGUUGAACAGUUACCGUAACUAUUCGUCAUUUACACGUUGUGGAUGUCAUAUGACUUUGACAAGUGGAGAUGAGUGUUUAAAACAGACAGGCUAGUUAUUAAUCUGGAAAGAUGAAACAUGUAAUUCAACUGUCAUUUUAAACCAUUUUAUGAUUCAAAUUUAACUACACUGCUUGUAGCGGCACUUCCAAAUAUUUAAGUAGGGGUGUGCCGCUGAAUGUCAGUAUCCCUACCAUUUUCAUAUUAUUCAGAUCUAACAAUUAUAAGCCUAUUCAUAUAUUGUAUUUGCUAAAAAGGUAACCCAUUCUUAUAUUACAAAUUAACCCAUUCUCAACAAUACUCUCGCGUGUGGAGGGCAUAAUAAUCCCUCAAAAAUAUUCUCGCAUGUGGAUGAUAUAAUAAUCCCCAAGAGAAACAUGUAAAUAGAUUUUAAGAUAAAGAAAUAUCUGAAAUACUACAUUUUAAUCUUGGGCAAAGAGACAGACAUUUUUCUCUUUCAGGAAAAAGGAAGAUCAUGCACUGUGUAACAAGAUGAAGAAGAUUGUAUUAUCUUUACUAUGUAUUGUAAGUUUUGACAUACAUUUUCAGACACAUAAAGAAGGCAUUUUUAGACUGUUUGAAAUUAAUAAUACAAAAUUAAAACCAUGAAUACUGUUAAUAUUUAAACGUAUUGCAUUGAACUGUGUUAUACUAAAAGGUCAAAACUUUUGUCAAAGUCAAUGUUAUAGCUGACAGUCAGUCUAAAAUUACACGUCUGAAAGUUGUUUGAAAUUGAAGUUGUAAAAAUCAGUUCUAGUAUUCAUUUCAUGUUUCAUGUGUAUUUUAAAUGAUGUACAUUGUUGUAAUGAAAACUGGAAAAAAGUAACAGUGUAACUGUAUAUACCAAUGUUAAAUUUGGUUACUAGAAAGUGUACAGUACAAGUUCUUGUUGAAAGUACUGGUAAAACCAGGAAAUACCAGAUAGUUUGUUGUAUUCAUGGAACUCAUGUAUGGUAAUUGAAAGAAUAAUGGUUAUUAUACAUUUUGUUUAAAACUUAGAUUUAAAUACACAUGUAUAGUCAAACGUAAUAUGACAGUAAUACAAGAAUAUAGUAUAAAAGUUAAUAUUCAAAUUGUUUAAAUGUCCAUUCUAGACAAAAUAUAGAAUUGUUAGUGCAUAUCUAGGAUUUUUGUGCAAGUUAGUUUGUAUUUUACGGUUUGUUUUAGACUUAUAGACUGGUGGUUUUGAUAAUUGAAUUAAAGAUACAUGUACAUGAAACUGAUAUAUUACGAAAAAAAAUAUCAUUUUCUCAUAAGAAAUAUAAUUUGUUUUGUAAGUAGCAAUUAUGUCUAGUUGAUAGAUUUGAUAAAAGUAAUUGCAGAAGUAUUGCAGAACUAGAUAAUAGUUGAGCUAUCUAUAAAAUAGUAACAUUAUGUUUAAAUCUAGUUUAUUGUCUAUAGUGAGACAAGAAGUAAAUCAAAUGUCCGUAAAACUAAAAGUUAUUGAUAGAUAUUUUUGUUUGAUAAAAGCGUUUUUCUGUUUAUAAUAAUAAUAAGAUCAAAAUUUCAAAUGUUUGAUCCGUAAGAUGAUAUCUCUAAAGAUAUAAGUUAAUAGAUAACUAAUUAAAUAUUUCAACAUUUCAUUUAAAUAGUUAAAUCGGUAAGUUUUAUUUUUUGGUUUGAAGAAGAUGUAAUUUUUAUGUCAGUUUUAGUAAAUUUAAGUGAAUUUCUAAUUAUGUAUUUGUAUUAGUUCAUAAUUGAAAUAAUUCACUCAGGUUUUCAGUAAGUUUAUUCAGAAGUCAUUGAUGAUAAGCUUUUCUAGGUACAGCUUAUCAAGGUGGAGGGGGGGGGGGGUAUGUUCAGAAGGACUCUAGGAGGGUUCUUCGAGUGUUGAGUAUCUUUUCGCUAAAUACUUUGCGGUACUUGAAGUCGAAUAAAUUAUCGAAAAUGAACUGAAAUUAUAGUUUCUAGUCCACAAUACAUGUAUAUUAUUUUCAAACCAAAAAUGGAUUAAAAAUCAGCUUUAGAAUAAUCGAGAAAAACUACAGUAAUGAAUUCUUUGUUUCCCAUGGCAAUAAGAAUAUAGAUAUACUUCAACGGUGGGUUGUAGAAUGUUUUGGUAAUAAAAAACGUGCUGUAUUGUUAUCAAAUAGAUGAUUAUAAUUAUUUUUAAAAUUUUGCCUACACAGCUAAGUAAGGAAUUGGUCUGAAAUUUUCGAAGAAGAAUCACCUUAAAAAUCAGAGUAAAAUGUACCAAUUUCCACUAUUAUCAAGGACUCAUUUAAAUACAAGCUAAAAUGACAGACAAGUUUACGCAUUUUAUGACUAACACCGUCAGGUCCAGCACGUAGUUACCUCUUGGGUAGUUAAGGUACCCGAAUUUCAGAUAAAGUUAUGGAACAUGUUUCAUUAAAUCAUCCAAGUCCGUAACCAAGACAAAAUAAUUGUUUAGAAGUUCUGCUUCCGAAUCGGCAGCUUCAGCAGUUUCUGCAGUAUUUCUAUUUUGAGGGUUUAGAGAAGUUGGGAUGUCACUGGUCAUUUUACCAACAUUUUUAGUAGUUUUCAGUAUGUUUAGGGAUUACGAAAAUUCUUAUCAAAAACUGUAUCUAUGAUUUCAAAAAAGUAAAGUUUGGCAGACUUUAUCACAUAAGUGACUAUUUCUACAUUAAAAUAUUUUUUCUAGAUUAUUUGAAGUUUUGCUUUUAUGUAUUUCUUUCGAAGUCUUUUUUUCUAAUUUGCCUAUGAAUGUCUUUGUUCACAAAAAAAGAAAAGAAAAAAAUAAUUUCAGAAAUUAUCAUUAAUUAAUUUAUAUGCUGCUGUGAGUAUUACAUGCAAAUGCAUUUGUCAGUAUACUAAAUGUUAAAAAUUUAAUCUACAUUGUUACAUGUGCAUUGUGUUUCUGUAACACAAAUCUUUGAAUUCUAUUUUCUAGAUGUGGAUUUGCUUGUAUCGAAUAAUAUAACAGUGUAGUUUGAAUUGGAUUCAUAUUGAAAAGAAAUGACUGCUGUAAUUCAUAUACAUGUAUAAUAAACAUGUAACAAACAGG